AAAAGUUAAAAGUGCUGUGAAAACAUCAGAACCAAACCAAUUGCAUCUCCUCUACCACUGACAAUGAAAUAUGUCCAACUUUCUUAACUCGCAUCGACCCGAGCGUACUGGAACGAAUCCUGGAAUCGAAGCCCAUGAAGAUCCUCUCCUCUCCUCGAUUUUGGCUCAUUCAUCGACCCAGACAUUAUCGCAGACAGGCCGGAAGCCAUCGUCCACAAUGCCUCCGACGUUGAUCCACUAGGGCAAAACGUAGAUCCGUGCACUCCGCUGCACGGUGCUCCUGCUACUGGUGACCAAGUUUUAGACCGUAAUCAACAAACAACUGAGCCGCAACAUCCUCCGCAAAGCACGUUAACUCCUGGAGGAAUGACCGACUCUGUUAAUGUCGAGGAGCGACGAAAUCCUUCUUUGUCUAAACCUUUCGCUACAGUUUCCGGGACCACUGGUUCUGUGGCUCGAGGAGUCAAGGCUGGAGCCUACCCAGCUACUUCGUUGCCGUCCGGUUGGCUAGUUGAGGAUAGGAUAAGGAACAACGGUGCAACAGCUGGUACGGUCGAUAAGUACUACAUUGAUCCAGUCUCGGGCUUUAAAUUUCGGUCAAAGAAGGAGGUGUUUGAAUUUUUGGAAACAGGAACUCCACGUAAAAAGAGGAAAGCAGGGGAGCUCUCUGAUGCUGAUAAGAAUACCUCAGGAGGCUCUGUGAAGCGUAAAAGUAAGAAAUCAGACGCAAAGGCUUUGAAUUUUGACUAUGGUAAUGUACCUGAGAAGGUCGAAUGGGUUCUUGCGGAUUCGUUGCAAGAUUCUUGGACCCCCUACAUUGGAGAUGUAAAGGUGUCUGAACCAAGAAAGCGAGAGUGGAUGGCUGCAUUCGCAUCUCCAAUGACAAAAAGUGGGAGUGGUCGCACAAAGAUUUGAAGGCCCUACUACACUUAUCGCUCACCACUGAGGUCCUUUCCUUCUUUCGUCUACACACAUGACAAUUUUUGCCCAUUGAGAUAUAGAUUUUGUUUUUACACAAGACAGCUCUGUGUGUAACAGGUUAGCUAGUUAGCCUUUUUAAUAGUUAUAGUCCUCAUGUUUGCUCUUCAAUUUUAUUUACUUGCAAUUUUGGGAUUUCCCUUUCAAAUGACCUGUGUUGCAAGUUUGGUAAAGUAUUUUGGUAAGGAAAUUACUAUUGGCAAUUUUUGGCUUUGAACUUUAUGUAAUUUAUGCCCCUUACUUUAUCACAUAUAUUGAUAUUUUCAUGUUCAAGGUUA